GAUCUUUCCACUCGUGGCCGGCGUCAGGCUUUUCGGGAGGACACUCCCACAGUUCUUGAGGGCAUGGACGACGAUGCCCUAGAGACGGAGCCUCGUUCUUCUUUGAGUAGGGGCAGGUGGGUUCCACCUCCGUGGUCGUCGGAUGAGUUGGUUUUCUGCCGUGAGAACCACGUUUCUCACCGUCCACUUGCCGGCAUAGUCGAUGGCACGCUUCGCCAUCACGUUUCUGGAGCUGGAGAUUUGAUUCCUGGACUUCAUGGGAUUAUCACGAGGAAUCCUGUUACGAACGCCUUGUGGGAAUCUGCUGGUUUAGUAGAUUUUUAUUCGGCGAUCGUAGGGUUUUGCAGCCCCCGAGGUUGUGACGCGACAGUCGUUCGCGCGUUGUUGGAUGAGAUGAAAAUGACAAUGACCCCUCUGGAUUUUAGCAUGAUCAGUGGUCUACGCUUCACUGACCGGGCCGUAGCGAAGAUGUCUGAUCUUUCUUAGGCGGCGGCUGAGGCAGCCUAUUUGUUAGGUCCGAUCGUUCAGCAUAUCAAGACUCAGCCAGUGUCUCGAGGUGGUCCUAGGAGCGGGCGAUCAGAGUUGUCUUCUGUUCUGGCUCGUGGUUUUGAUAUGGAUGAGACAUCAGCUGAACAGUGAGUGCGGAUCUUCAUUUUGAUUCUCAUUUCCAUGACUCUUUCUCCUGAUAGGAGUUUGCGUGCGCUCGUUUGCUAUCUUCCUUCUUUGCCCAGGAUAAGUGAGAUAGGAUCCUUUAGCUAGGCCAGGCUCGGAUAUGCCGAUCUUCUCUUGUCGUUACGUCAUGGCUGUAGGCAGCUGAACGACCAGGCCCUUGUCACUGUCUACGGAUUAUGGAGAGUCGUAGAGGUGAUGAUCUUUCCUCUUCUUGUUUUGGUUUAAUUUGUUCGACUCGUGCGCUCAAAGAUUACUUUUCAUUGCAGCUAUGGUUCUAUGAGUACUUUCCGAGAUUGGCCCCUCGACGGUGUCGUGGAGCGGUCCAUGACUUCCCUGUCGGAGCCAGCUGGCGUGACCGAGGCGAGUCACGAGUGAAGUCUGUCUCUGCGCUAUGCAGGCUGCUACGCCGAGGCACCUCUUCUGUUGGUGUUGCUAUUGAUGUCCAGCAUCGUCCUUGGGUUGGGAUGACUAUUCAUCCCGAGGCCUUGCAGCUUUCAGCGUACCGCACUGUUUUUGUUGGUACUAGAAGCUUUGUCUGGUAUAUGGGGAGCGUGUCGUUCGUCAGCACAGUGGUGAUCGCUUUGUGGUGCCCUUGUCUCCACUGGAAUCGAUGCUGGACUCACGCUUGCUUGGGGAGUUGGUAAACGGGGAGAGCGCUACACUUUUCCUUGGCAGGAGCUUGUGCGUAUGGAGGGCGAUUAUGCGCAAGACUUGCUUCCCUUCUUGGCUCCUCCACCCCGUCUUCCCGAGACGACUAUUCGCCGUGUAGGGAAGAUUGAGAUUACGCCUCAAUCUGUCCGCUACCCAGGGCCGAUUGGUAUUACUGAGGACCAUAUUGCUGAUGCACUAGAGGGUUUCAGAUAUGCGCAGGAGUCUUUGCCUGAUGUUUUUGAGCCACCUACCCGCUCGGAGAUGAUGGGAUUCAUGAAGCUGGUUCACACUUUGAAGUACUGCAUCAUCAAGAUUCGGCGUGGUGCGAGUUGUCGGGGCGGUUCUAGCGAUGUUUUUGAGGAGCGAUGGAGGUCCCGCUCGUGCUCGAGGCAUAGAGGCUCGGACGAGGGAGAGCCUAGUCGUGGCAGACGAUCUCUGGAGGUUCAUCGGCAUUCUCAGUGUCAGCGGGAGCCUCAGCUUUCUCUGCCAUUUCAGGAGGCUCAGUGGCAGUAGCCUUAGUCUUCCCAGUCGUCCCAGCACUUUCAGGGUCAGUGGCAGCGACAGUCAUUUUCACAGUCUUCACAGCCUGAGUUCAGGCCAGUUAUCACUCCUGUGGAUCAUGGCUUAUACUCAGCUCCAUCGUCUGGGGCGCUUACUCCACCGGUGUCAGGCUUGUUUUCAGUUCCAGUGUAUGGGACGAUGCCUCCACCGACGCUUCCUACUUCUUGGAGUCAGUUUACACUGUUUGCCAGUUGGACGAGUCCUGCUUUGAGUUUGACUGCUACUGGAGUUACAGGGACUAGUAGGGAUACUACUCCUCGUACCCGGAUGAUGGCGAGACUCUUUGGCUCACCGCUCCCAUAUUCACAGGCUGGAGAUGACACUGAUCCUCACUUUUCUAGUUCUACAGAUUUUUGACCGAGGGUCUUUAUUUGUACAUACUGUGAUGACACUUGACGCUGCUUAUCUA